GAUGGACUAGGGAGGUAGCGACUCGGAGAGCUUCAACCAGCACGGUCCAGGUGUCUUCUUCCCUCGCAAGUUGGGGUUCUUUUUUUUUUCUCCUACCUCGCGUGAAAUUGCCGGGUUGACCCUGUUCCACGGCCAACAGCUUGUGUUUCCUCUUCCUGUCACGGGCUUCUUGGUCCUGACUCCUAUCCCCUUCCACCUGGAGGCUCUUGCACUGACCUCAUUUCCACACCGCCGACACGCUUAUUCGAGGAAACGGCUUAAACGCUGGUGAACGCGACUGAACUCAACCCUCACCUGUGCGAGAAGAGGGAGCCCAAGAUGGUGUACAUUAGACAGCACCAGCUACCGAAGCUUCGGGAGUACAAAUAUGCUGGCGUCGACCACUCGCUGGUGAGCCGCUACGUCUUGAAGCCGUUUUACAGCAACUUCGUGAUCAAGUGUUUCCCCAUGGGCAUGGCACCUAACGCUAUUACCCUGAGCGGCUUCAUGUUUGUAGUGGCCAAUUUCCUCACCAUCCUUUACUACAAUCCCACCUUGGACCGUGACUGCCCUGCUUGGGUCUAUGUCAGUUGUGCCCUCGGCUUGUUCCUCUAUCAGACCUUUGAUGCGGUAGAUGGGAUGCAAGCACGGAGAACUAGACAGAGCGGUCCCCUUGGAGAGCUCUUCGAUCACAGCGUGGACGCAUGCAACACUGCCUUGGGUGCCUUGAUCUUUGCGGCUGUAAUGAACCUUGGCCAGUCCUGGGCAACCAUAUUGACUCUUUUUGGAUCUACCAUGACCUUCUAUGUUCAGACUUGGGACGAGUACUACACUCAGAUCCUAACCCUUGGCAUUAUUUCUGGCCCGGUAGAAGGCGUUCUGACCCUCUGUGUUGUGUUUGGUAUCACGGCAUACAAGGGCGGCGGCAGCUUCUGGCAUCUCCCGAUGCUCGAAACUGUCGGCGUUCCUCGCCUCGACUUCAUUCCGGAGCGAUUGUACCAGAUGCCAUUUACACAAUGGUACAUGGUCUACGGAGCCUUUAUGCUUUUCUUCGCUACAGGGUCAAGCAUCAUUCACGUCAUGAGCGUCCGCCGCCAGCGAGGCCAAGACCCAUUCGAACCCCUAUAUGGCCUUCUGCCUCUUGUGGCUACAUGGCUCCUAGUCCCAACCUACCUUUACAUGCAACCCACUAUUCUGGAAAACCAAGCGGUUGCUUUCGUGCUGUACGUGGGCUUGAUCAAUGCGUACUCCGUGAGCAGAAUCAUUGUCGCGCAUCUAUCCAAGGCAUCUUUCCCAUGCCACAAUGUUCUGCUUUACCCUCUGGCGUUGUCGGUCAUUGACAGUGUUGCCAAUCACUUUGGUGUGUGGCCCUCACUUCUUGGGAACGGGGUUGGUCAAGUUGGGUUCGUCCUCGGAUGCCUCGGCCUAUCUGUUGGUAUUUACGGCAGUCUAGUGUUUGAUGUCAUCACCACUAUCUGCGACUACCUUGACAUCUGGUGCCUCACCAUCAAACACCCCUAUGUUGAGGAGGUACAGCGAGACAAGGAGGCUGCCGACAUUCCUUCCAAGAAAGUCCUCUAGAGCACCAAUGAGGCACCAGAAAACCUUUCCUUCUUCGCUUUCACGAAUAAUGUUCAACAAUACGAGUAAUGUGAAGACAAAUGAAAUAGUCUCGGCUCGGGGAUGCAUUCACAACAAACUUCUCCGGGUGAGAUGCGCAACAAACUUGAGCAUUACGAGUUGCUUCUUCUUCUGCAAUAUAUUUCUUCUUCUUUUUUUGGUUGUCUUUGGAUUAAAGCCUGCCAGACUCUGUAUUAUCCCCAGUUAUAUGGCCGAG